CGUUUGUACACAUGUAGAGACAGACAUACGGUUGGGCUUGGAGCUUUCAGAACCCCGCAAUCCGAGGGGCCGUUUAAAGUCCGUUGCUUGUCCAACGGGUUUCGGUUGGAAAAUCUGAGACGACCGAGGCGUUGAGGGGGAGAGAGAGACAGAGACAGAAAGGGACACAGGACACUUCGUUGCGGCUCUCGUCCCCUCCCUCCUUUCUUCUUUCCUUUCUAUCUGUCUUUCGUCACCAAAUAUACUGUUUUUUCUCAUUCUUUAUUCGAGAACGACGCCCUUACCAGUGCAGGCUUUUGCUGCGUGUGGACGAACUUGCUUAGGUGAUCCCUUGGGAUGUGAAUAAGAACCGAGGAUGGCUACCAGAAAUGCAGACUCUUCUCAGGGAGAUGGCGGUCCAACAUCUGCACCUUCUGGGCCAACUUCUCGUCCUGGCAACGUGGUUUUCAAGAGUGGCCCACUUUUCAUAUCAUCAAAAGGAAUAGGAUGGACAUCAUGGAAGAAAAGAUGGUUUGUUUUAACACGCACAUCAUUGGUCUUCUUUAGAAGUGAUCCAAGUCUUGUUUCCCAAAAAGGGAGUGAGGUGAAUCUGACAUUGGGUGGUAUUGAUUUAAACAACUCAGGCAGUGUGGUUGUCAGAGCUGAUAAAAAACUCUUAACUGUGCUUUUUCCUGAUGGUCGUGAUGGGCGAACUUUUACACUCAAGGCUGAGACUACUGAGGAUCUAUAUGAGUGGAAGGCUGCACUUGAGAAUGCCUUGUCUCAAGCACCAAGUGCAACAAUGGGACAAAAUGGCAUCUUCCGGAAUGAUCCAGCUGAUUCAGUUGAUGGUGAACAGGGGAAGGAUAGGAACCCUGCGAAGUCAUCGGUUAUUGGUAGGCCUGUAUUGUUUGCUUUAGAAGAUGUUGACGGAACUCCAUCCUUCUUGGAGAAAGCACUUCAGUUUAUAGAAGAGCAUGGUGUUAAAGUAGAAGGUAUCUUACGACAAGCUGCUGAUGUUGAUGAUGUUGAACGCCGAAUUCAGGAAUAUGAGCAGGGGAAAACUGAGUUUUCUCCUGACGAGGAUGCACAUGUCAUUGGUGAUUGUAUCAAGUAUAUCCUUCGGGAGAUACCAUCAUAUCCAGUUCCAGCAUCAUGUUGCAAUGCAUUAUUAGAUGCAUGUCGAACCGAACCUGGAGCUAAAGUCGAUGCUAUGCGUGAAGCAAUAUGUAAUACAUUCCCGGAGCCAAAUCGCCGCUUACUACAAAGAAUUCUGACGAUGAUGCAAAGAGUAGCUUCUCACAAAUCUGAGAAUAGGAUGAGCUUAUCUGCUGUGGCAGCUUGCAUGGCACCUUUGCUUCUUCGUCCCCUUCUGGCAGGAGAUUGUGAGCUUGAAAGUGAUUUUAGUUUAGGUGGUGAUGGUUCUGUUCAACUUAUGCAGGCUGCUGCAGCAGCUAACCAUGCUCAAGCCAUAGUAAUAACUCUUCUAGAGGAGUAUGACAACAUAUUUGAGGAUGACCAAUUGGAAGAUGGUUCAAUUUCUUCAGAAUUAUAUUCUGAUAUGGAGGAUGGCAGUGAUUAUGAGGAGCAAAGUGAUGACGAUGGGACAGUUGAAGAUGGUGGGUUCCAUGAUUCACAACAUGGGAAUAGGGAAGAUGAUCCUGAACAUGCAUCAAGUGAAACCAGCAGUGAACACAGUAGCAAUGGAGAUGAUAAGGUUUCUGAAGGUUCUGAGUUACACUCUAAGCCUUCUUUAUCCAGUGAAUAUCUUGAAGUUCAACAGAAGACAUCAAAUGGACCUCAAGAUUCAUUGCCAAAGCACGAUAAUGUACAAAGUAGUGACAAUUUGCAAAAUUCAAGUAACACUAGUGCAGUGGUGCAUGCUGAUAGUGAAUCAUUGGAGGAUAUCCCUGCCUUAAAUGCUAUCAAUGAGUCAAUUGAUCAUAGUCACUCCUCCAUUACAAAAACCCAAAAUAAACAGAAUGAAACAGUGCUUGGUUCCAAACGUCGAACUCUUUUUGGACGUACCCCUGCUAGAAAGAACGUUUCCAUGGAAUCCUUUGACUAUGUUAUUGAAGAUGAGGAGAUUGUAAUUCAGAGGCUUGAGGACACUAAAACUGAACUGCAAAAUAAAAUUGCCAAAGAGGCAAAAGAGAAUGCUAUUCUUCAAGAAAGUCUGGAAAGACGAAAGAAGGCUUUGCAUGAACGCCGUUUAGCUUUGGAGCAAGAUGUGGCAAGGCUGCAGGAGCAGUUGCAAAGAGAAAGAGAUCUCAGAGCAUCUUUGGAAGCUGGGCUCGAUAAGCCAAUGGGGCACUCAAAUGUUUCAGUCAACUUAGAUAAGAUGCAGAAAGUUGCUGAUCCCCUUGUUCAACUUAAUCAACAAGAACAAAAUCAUGGGUCUGUGAGUGGCUCAUGCUAUGAACACCAACUCGCUUCUAAUCAUCAAGCUUCCUUAACUGGAAGACAGAAAGAUGCUGAAAUGCAAGAAACAGAACACCUUCAUGAAAGGUCAACAAAAAGUGAGGAUACUGAUUUGGUCAGAACAGACAGUUCAAAUAUGAAGAUUCAAGGAUUACCAUCCGUAACAAACAAACAACUGCCUCAGAUGGUAAAACUGGAUUCCGCAAGUUCUAGCAAUACCAAAUCUGUAGGGGUCCCUUCCACUUCAUCUACUAUUGGGCCACAUGUAGCUGGAAAUGCAGCUUCAUCUAACCCCAAGAAGUCCAGAGCCAAUGAUGAGAACAUUAACAUGGUUGGAGAAGACUGUGACAACAUGAAGUCGCAGGAUUUACCGUCUUCUUCAAACAAGCAGCAGCCUCAAAAGCAUCAGUUGGAUACAACAAUUCAAAACAGUAUCAAAUCUAUAGGAGCCUUUGGUUCAUCUAUUGGGGAUGUAAUUGGAUCAAUUGCUUCAAAUGCUAAGAAGUCUGGUGCAAGGGGUGAGUUACAACAGGUAAUUGUGCCUGCAUCCAAUGCUCUGACAAAGCUGACAACACGGCUCAACUUCUUGAAGGAAAGGCGUAUCCAGAUUGCAAAUGAACUUAAAAUUCUGGAAAAGAGUCAAGGAUCAGAAGGUCAACCGCUUGGUCCACCUAAAACCAAUCCCAGAUAAUGCAAGGUCUGACAUGUACAGAAAAUUACUAAAUUGUGACCUCUCCUGUAUAUGCCUUCUUCCCUCGCUACAUGUUUUGCAUCAUUUGUAUAGAUAAGGUGACUAUAUGUGUUUUUGUCAGCUAUCAUUUGUUUAGAAAGGACAGGAAUGACAAGAAGUCAAAUUUGUUGCUUUAGGGUUCGCUUAGGAACCUUAAGGUUGCUUGUUGAGCCCCUGGGCUGAAAUCAGAGGUGGUGAUGUACAGGUUCUGUCCUUGAUGUAAAUUUGAGAUUUCUCUUCUACAUUGAUUUUCAAACAUGUAGUUGAAGGAUGAAAUAGAAAAUAGCAAGCCACGAUGGCCAACA